AUGCUCCUCUUCAGCACGAGGAGCGGUAAAGCCAACUAUGGAAACUGCGCCGGGGGCUACAAGCUGGACCCGAAGCGAUGCUUAAACGGCAAGCCAGUUUAUAUCAACGAAGAGCAGGGAAGAUUCUUGGGCAAGACCGCCGGGGGUCAUUGGGUCAUUGGGACGCUCUCUGAGCUCGACUCCUUCCUCACGCAGGAUGCCAAGAGCUUUGGGGGCUUUCACUCAGCGGCCUCGGGCGACCCGGAAGAUGGGACAUGGGAGAAUUACGAGGUUUCUCGGCUGGAGGGUUUCGAGUUCCUGACGAAGCAGGGCCAGCCGGACUACGGCGAAUGUGCCGGAACGUACCAUGAAACGGAUGCCUCGCUGAACGGUCGGCCGGUGUACCUGAAUCGCGAGAAGAAGCGGCUGCUCGGAGCCAGCAAGAGCGGCUGGGUAAUCGCCGGCAUGGAGUACUUGGAGGACUUCCUGCGCACGCAGCCCGGCUCCUUCGGAGGCUUCCACGGAUCCCAGGCCCCGGAGCCGGACAGAGGCUGGACGAACUACGACGUCCAGCGGCUCUUGCCCAAGAAGCGGGAGGCCUGGGAGGAGCCCUGGGAGAGGCUGCCGAGCUGCAGCGUGACCUUCAAGGCCGUGGCCAACUCCGGCGUCUGCCGCUCCGAGGCCGACUUCGCCGCAAACCGCCGGCGUUGCCUGGACAGCGACUGCGGAGGCUUCGCAUGGAGGAAGCCGCACUUCAAUCAGUUCGGAGAGGAGGACGACCCGCCCGUGUGCCCAUCCUUGAUGGCUCUGAGCAACAGCUAA